AUGGCCUCGGCAACGUCAACCAAGCGGCUGCUCAAAGAAUACCAGUCGACGUCGCGCGAGCUCGGCCUGCUGCCCAAUACGACGCGCAGCGCGUCCGCAAACCCGGACUUGAUCGAGCUCCGGCCCUGGGACGUCGAAGGGCAGGACCUCACCGAGUGGACCGCCGUCCUCCGUGGCCCACCCUCGGGCGCCUACGCUUCCGGCGUGUUUGAGCUCUCGAUCAACGUGCCACCCACAUACCCGACCAAGCCGCCAGUGAUCAAGUUCAGAACAAAGAUAUUUCACCCCAAUGUGGCCUGGAAGGACGGUGAGAUCUGCUUGGACGUCCUCCAGUCCCAGUGGACGCCCGCGUGGACACUCAGCUCGGCCUGUACUGCCAUCCUGGCCCUCCUAGACGCCCCGGAACCAGAUAGCCCGCUCAACGUCGAUGCGGCUACACUGUUCAGGACCGGCGAUACAAGGGCCUACACCAGCAUGUGCAGGAUGUACACCUUGCUCUACGCCCAACACCAUCUCGUCGAGUGA